CGAAUUAUAUAGAACUCAACAGAUAUGUCAUUGUUGAUAUGAACGACAAGGUGUCAGCCAUGUUUGUGAAUUUCAUUCUUAUAAUAUGUGUUUGCGAUUGUUUCGGUUUUCUGGAUGGAAAACGAUUUAACCCCGGAAAUCAACUGCGACAACUGCAGAACCAUGAGCACGGUAAUCAACCGCGACAAUGGCAGGAACUUGUAACAUUUGUUUACCAGAAAAUUGAAGGUAUGGAACGUCUGCUCGCCGAUAAGGAUGAACGCGUAGACCAACUUGAAUCGAAAAUGGCGUCCCAGGAACAGGCAAUAUUACAGAAAGAUGCUAUUAUCGAUAGAUUAGCUAAAAGAGUAUCAGACUUAGAGACGAUUGUGAUGGUGAACCCUAUUCAAGAGGCACCCGAACCGCAAAGCCAUCCGAAAUCAAACAUGGACUUGCCUGCUUUAAACAUUACAACCAAACUCGGCGUUAGUCAAACCUCGUCCUUUGAAGCUGAUGGUAUCCGCACAACAGACGACUCCCAACAACUCUCUGGAGAAAACCAUCUACUGUAUCAAACAGACAAGAAAGAAGAAGCUGACACCAUGUCGAUAUCCAAGAUGUGGAGAUCCCGACAAAAUCGUGUUGCCGCACCCCCUGUGAAACAGACAGUGGCGUUCCACACGGCUCUUUCUGUUAGAAAGUCUUUCAAAACUGGUGCUAUCAUAAUUUACGAUCACGAGAUGCUGGACCAUGGCGACGGGUACAGUCCAAGCGAUGGACUAUACAUCGCCCCCGAAUCUGGAACCUACGUUUUCACAUGGACGACCCUUGGUAGUUCCCAUGAAGAAUUCCAAACUGUCCUCAUAGUGAAUGGAGCUGUCAGGGGAUCGUCGUUUUCAGAUACUUCAGGCGUCGGCGAUUAUCAUCAAUCUACGGCAGUAGUUGUUCUUACUUUGAACCCGGGAGAUCACGUCUUUAUUCGCAUGGGUGUUACACAACUCGCACAAGGGGAUAUAGUAAGCGAAGAUAUUAGGUAUGGGUUGUCUACGUUUUCAGGCUGGAAACUUGACUGAAAAAAACCCACUUCUAGACGAUCAACGGUGAAAAUAUUGUUAUUAUAUGUUCAAUCUCGCAAUAAAUAUGAUUUCUG